AUGCAGAUGAUUCAACUUCUUGCCCUCGCCCUCUCCGUGGCGUCGGUCGAUGCCGUCUCCAAGGGCUUCAACUAUGGUGCCACCAAGGCCGACGGCAGCAGCAAGUAUCAGGCCGACUUCCAGAAGGAUUUCGCCGCCGCCAAGGCCCUCGUCGGCCAGUCCGGCUUCACCAGUGCCCGUCUCUACACCAUGAUCCAGGGCGGUACCACCAACACCCCCAUUGAGGCUAUCCCCGCCGCCAUUGAGGAGAAGACCGAGUUGCUUCUCGGUCUCUGGGCCUCCGGAGGCAACAUGGCCAACGAGAUCGCCGCUCUCAAGGCCGCCAUCAGCCAGUACGGUGAUGACUUCGCCAAGCUGGUCGUCGGUAUCUCCGUCGGUUCGGAGGAUAUGUACCGUAACUCGGUCACUGGCUCCAAGUCCAACGCCGGCCCCGGCGUCGAGCCCGAGGAGCUCGUCUCCUACAUCAAGGAAGUUCGCUCCACCAUCGCUGGCACCGGCCUGAGCGACGCUUCCCUCGGUCACGUCGACACCUGGGAUUCCUGGACCAACUCCUCCAACUCCGAUGUCGUCAACCACCUCGACUGGCUCGGUUUCGACGGAUACCCUUACUACCAGCUCACCAUGGAGAACGGCAUCGAGAACGCCAAGGCCCUCUUCGAUGACUCCGUUGAGAAGACCAAGUCCGCUGCCAAUGGCAAGGAGGUCUGGAUUACCGAGACUGGUUGGCCCGUCAGCGGUCCCCAGGAGGGCGAUGCUACUGCCUCUGCCGCCAAUGCUCAGAAGUACUGGGAUGAGGUUGGCUGCCCUCUCUUCGGUAACACCAACACCUGGUGGUACAUGCUCGAGGAUGAGGGUGCUAGCCCCAGCUUCGGCGUCGUCAAGGGCGACCUGAGCACUCCUCAAUUCGACCUGUCCUGUAACUCCAGCUCCUCCAGCACUACCUCCAGCUCCGCCGCUGGCUCUUCCUCCACUGGUCUCUCCAACAAGGGCUCCACCGGCUCUGGCUCAGGCUCUAACUCUGGCUCUGGCUCUGGUUCCUCCAGCUCUGAUGCCUCCAGCUCUGGUGCCUCCAGCUCCGGCUCCUCCAGCUCCUCCGGUGCUUCUGGAUCUUCUGGCUCCGGCUCCGGCGCCAGCUCCAGCUCUGCCUCUGCUCCUGUCGUGAGCUCCAAGCCCACCUCCGUCCCCGGCCGUAACGGCACCCACGCCUCCAGCUUCGCCUCCGGCAGCCGCACCUCCACCCCUCUGACCUCCGCCACUGGCUCCGGCUCUUCUGGCUCCGGCUCUGGCUCUGGCUCUGGCUCUGGCUCCGGCACCUCUGGAUCUGGCUCUGGUUCUUCCAGCUCCGGCUCCAGCUCCGGCGCUGCUGCCUCCGCCUCCUCCACCUUCAACGCUGCUGCCCGCACUGGCUCCGGCUCCACCUUCGGCGCCAUCGUCGCCGCUGCCGUUCUCGCCAUUGCUGUCUAA